UCUCUUCUCUCUCGUUCCUGCCGUGCCGGAAGAUGGAGGACUACGGGCGAUUCUUGGCGCUGCUGGUCUCGGCGCUGCUGGUCGGCUUCGUGUCGGUCAUCUUCUCCCUCGUCUGGGUCUUCCACUACCGCGAAGGGCUGAGCUGGGACGGCGGCCCGCGGGAGUUCAACUGGCACCCCGUCCUCGUCAUCACGGGCUUCGUCUUCAUCCAGGGCAUCGCUAUUAUUGUGUACAGGUUGCCCUGGACCUGGAAGUGCAGCAAACUCCUAAUGAAGUUCAUACAUGCUGGAUUAAAUACCAUAGCUAUGAUUCUUGCAAUUGUUUCUAUGGUAGCUGUGUUUGAAUACCACAAUGCCAGGAACAUUCCUAACAUGUACAGUCUGCACAGCUGGAUUGGGCUGACUGCUGUUAUAUUUUAUUCUCUCCAGCUUUUCUUGGGUUUCGCUGUCUUUCUGCUCCCUUUUGCUCCAGUUCCUCUCCGAGCAGCUCUCAUGCCAAUACAUGUUUAUUCGGGCCUUACCGUCUUUGCAACAGUGAUUGCGACAGCUCUCAUGGGAAUCACAGAAAAGCUUAUAUUUUCACUGAAAAAUCCUGCAUAUAGUGCAUCCCCACCAGAGGCAACCUUUGUCAACUGUCUUGGUCUUUUGCUUGUCAUAUUUGGUGCACUUAUUUUGUGGAUGGCAAGCAGGUCCCAUUGGAAGCGCCCGCCAGAAGAGAAUGCUAAAGUUCUGCAGCCCAUUGGAGGGACUCCUGAAGGCACAGAAGCAGAAUCCACAAUGGCAGACAGUAGUAAUGCAGAUAAAUCUGAUCUGAGGAUCAGUAGUGAAGCAGCCAGAAAACAAAACUUCAAACUUGAUGAAGCAGGCCAACGAUCAACUAUGUAAAGAAAAUACACAGAAUAACAGUACUAUUGUAUUGCCAACUCCCCCUGAUUCCUUCCAAUUUAGCUAUAUUGGUAUAUAAAUAGGUUGGGGUUUUAUUUUCAGUAUGGCUUGCUCAAAGAUACUUAAGUUUUCUGCAUAGGAAUUUAAAUUCCAGUAAACCCCAAACAUAUUAUAUUGGUUCAUACUCAGUCCUCAUUUAAAAAAUGAGAGCAUGAAUGACAUCACAUAAUAGGAAAAUCACAUAAUUGGAAAAUGUUUUCCAUAUCACUUCUUAAUUUAAUGCUUAUUAUCUCUUACAGUCAUGAAAAGUUAACAAGAUUGAGACUAAAUUUUGCUCUGAGUGAUUUUGCAGGUUAUGAAUCAGAGUCAUGAAGUAUACCAGACAGCAGAAUUUAGAUGGUCACACAUAAUUUUUCUGGUAAUGUUCACUUUUUUAAAGCCCUGAUUUCUCAAGCUGAUUAACCCCCUCACCAGCUGCUAAGAUCUAUGGGAUUUGAGGUCAUUCAGCACUUUGCAGAGUUGCACCAUAAAAAUGUUUAGUCUAAAAUUUUGAAUUCAAAAGAAGAAAUGAAAGUUUGCCUGAAAUCUUCAUUAAAUGUUAUGUUUAAAUUAAAAAAUUCUAUGUUGGUUUUUUUAAUCAGAACAAAUCUGUUGACUUUUUAAACAACUCUACCAAAUAUAUUGUAUACAGACAACACUUGGCUUUGGAUUAUGUGCAAUCAUUACUGAAAUCUAAGGAAAUUGUAAGAAAGCCAAAUGCAGAAUUUGUCUUAUUUAGAAAGCUAUAGAUAUACACUUAGAAAAAUAUCUAUCACUUAAAUCAAGUCUUCCUUUUAUCCCAGAAGGCAGCAUUUUACUAGCUUUAUUUGAUUGCAGAGUUCUGUUGAUUUAUGGCACUAGACUAGAAAUUAGGAAGUUAGAAACCAGAGAAGACUGCUAGCUGCCUCACAGAAGAAAGGAGCUUGAAGAGGGAAAUGCUUCUUCCAAGAAACAGCUGAGCUUUGCUGAUUUGAUUAAAAUGCUACCUGUUAACUGAAAGCCAAUUUUGGUAUCUCCACAGUGGUGUCAAUAUCAUUAUCAUCACGGGCAUGAAGACAUACUUUAGUCCAUAAGCAAACUAUAUAAACUCUAUGACUUUUAAAUUUGAAAUCGAAGUGUUAAGUAAUGCAGUUUAAGUCUCUACUAGCACUUUACUUUUAUAGCUCUUUCUAGUAAUUGGCAUAUUAAUGUAUUAUGCUCAUUCAUUAUUUUCACACAUAUAAACAAUACUUGUAUUUUUUACUAUUGUAGAAUAAUAAUUAUAGAUUAUUUUGAUUGCACAUGUCCAAAAUGAUGAGCCUUUCUAUUAUAAUUUCUUGUAAAAGCUGCAGAGCCCACUACAAGUCCAAAUUUACCACUGUUCAUGCUGCAAUAUAGACAGUUUCAGAGAGCAUAUAAUUUCCUGUUUUUGUAAAGACUAUAUAAAUUUUUAUCUACUUCAGCUUUUUAAAAUGUUUAAACACAUUAAACUUUAGCAAAUAUGCAAAUGUUGUAGUUCAGUGUUGCAUUGGUACAAAUAAUUCUGGUCAUGAGUUAUUUUGUAUCUUCUCUGACAAAAAGCACCUCAGUUCCUGUUAUUUGAUUUGUAAUAACAUUUAAUUAUCUGGUGAAUGCAGUAUAGAAAGCUGGCAUAGUAUAUUAUUUGAAAAACUUUUCUGCUGUAGUAGUUGGUACUCAAGGACUACAUCCCAGUGUUCUAUAUUUUCACUUAACGUAUGUUUGUGGAUGACUGGGACCCACCUAGCAUUGAUGUACUAUUUCAUUUGAGAAAACACCUGCUUUUAAAGGCUUUAGUGUAGAGUUCAGGUAUGACAGAAGGAAUACUAAACUAUUGUGUGAACACUUCUCCAGUCCCACUAUGUGCAAUGGAUCAGACAGCUUCUUCCCUGGUUUUCAAGUUCCACACAAUUAUCCAUCUUCCCCAAAAUUGUUCUGCACAGCUUCAGCAUAAAAUCCAAAUAGUACUGAUAGCAGCUUUCUG